AUGAACAGUUACACGGACCAAGCGACAUCCACGGAUUUCGACUAUGUGGCUGAGUUUGCCGAGGACUCCUACUUAUCCAGGGAAUGUGCCCCGACCACCGACAACCGCCCCAUUGAUAUAAUGCCGCUGAUCAAAGAUGGGCUGAAGUAUGCAAUCAACGCAAAGCGAAGAGCCAGGGGACUUGACGAUUUGAAAGUAGAACCCAGAGAGGUAGUUCCCGACAAGUUGACUCCAGCCGAAAAGAAGAAAAAAGACGACCGCCGGGAAAGAAACCGCAUUGCGGCGGCUAAGUGUCGUUAUAAAAAACGAGCCAAGUCCGAAUUGCUAGAAGAUGAGACAAAGCGAUUGACCAGCGUGAAUCGGGAACUAAGAAGGGAAAUCGCUAGACUGGAGAAAGAGAAGAAUCAUCUAUCGCAUCAUCUAGAGGUACAUCUAUCCAUGUGUAGUUUGACGUAUGUACAUGAUUUUCAAGUUCAAACAUUCAACGCAGAGCAGACAAUGAUCACCGAUUCACCUGUGUUGAUGUCUCCACCCAUUUCACCGUUCGACGAAAUGCUAACAUCGCCCCGGAUAGCACCAACUGCCGCAGAAGACGCCGAGGUCGCAGUCAGUGAUCCGACUUUCUUAAUGACAGUGACCGCUCUGCCGCCCUACGAAGGUCUACCAGCAACAGAUAUAGGCGCUGGUGUUGUUACUCCUCCCUAUUUGGCGACAACAUCUGCCUCACCCUACGAUCCGCCAACGAUGUCUACGAACAUGUUAUCAUCCAUGGUUCCACAAAAUGAACAAGGAGAACUCUGUUUGUGGGGUUGA